CCUGCCAAUCACAGGGCGGCGCGGCGCUGGGGAAUUUCCAUCCGGUAUCAGCAGGACAGCCCGGAGCAAAUAAUCCCCUCCCAGAACGGAGGAACCGGCUAGCGGUCCAGCCGCUGUUCUUUGCUGAUCUGACAUAUUACCCGAAGAAGUCCCGCACCGAUCCGGUCCGUUACCGAGCUUAAGCUCCCGGGAAGUGUAGCCGCCUUGCGGGUCUGGGACACUGUGAGCCCGGCUGACUCUUCGGAUAGUUUAUUCCGGUUUCUUUUUUCGGGACAGAGGACUCGGAAGGAGAAGGUCUCAGCCUCACAGUAGAUGCCGUGCUUCCCAGAAGGGUGGAGGCAGUAGACGUUGGAAGAGAGAGUCUGUGCGCGACUGGAGCCCAUAAUGAACAACAGCAGCAGCAACAGUAGCCAUCGUACCCCCAGGACUCGGAGCGGCCGGAUGGGGGAGCCGGGCCCGGAGGCCCCCCGGAGGACCCUGUCCUCUCAGGAGGACAGUGUGUGUUCUGUGGGUGCGGCUGGAGCUGGGAGCUGCUUCCCCAGCAGGCUGUUGCAGCUGCCUUCCACUCCGCUGUCCCGCGCCCAGCUAAGGCGCCUAGAGGAGCACCGGUACAGCAGUGCGGGACGCUCCUUGCUGGAGCCGCUCAUGCAGCACUACUGGGAGUGGCUGGUGAAGCGCGUGCCCCCCUGGGUGGCUCCCAACCUCAUCACCAUCGUGGGCCUGGUUACCAACAUCGCCACCACCCUGGUGCUCGUCUACUACUGCCCCACUGCCACCGAGCAGGCACCUCUGUGGGCUUACCUGGCCUGCGCGGUAGGCCUGUUCAUCUACCAGUCCCUGGACGCCAUAGACGGCAAGCAGGCACGCCGCACCAACAGCAGCACCCCGCUAGGAGAGCUGUUUGACCAUGGCUGUGACUCGCUGUCCACCGUGUUUGUGGUCUUGGGCACCUGCAUCGCCCUCCAGCUGGGCACCCAUCCGGACUGGAUGUUCUUCUGCUGCUUCGCUGGCAUGUUCCUGUUCUACUGCGCCCACUGGCAGACCUACGUGUCUGGCACCCUGCGCUUUGGCAUGUUUGCAGUUGUAGAGGUACAGCUCACUCUAGGCCUUCUGCAGAUGCUCACGGCCGCAUUUGGUCCAGAGUUCUGGAACUUGACGGUUCCCGUGAUUAGCAUUCAGAUGAAAAUAGUUCCUGCCAUUUUCACAGUGGUGGGAGCCAUAUUCUCUUGCAUGAACUAUUUUCGGGUGAUAUUUACCGGUGGUGUUGGGAAAAAUGGAUCGACAAUAGCGGGAACGAGUGUCCUCUCCCCGUUAUUUCACAUCGGCUCUGUGGUAACUCUGGCCGUAAUGAUCUACAAGAAGUCUGCUGUCCAGCUCUUUGAAAGGCACCCCUGUCUUUACAUCCUGGUGUUUGGCUUUGUGUCGGCCAAGAUCACCAACAAAUUAGUGGUUGCACACAUGACAAAAAGUGAAAUGUACCUUCAUGAUCUGGCUUUUCUUGGACCCGGACUGCUGUUUCUGGACCAGUAUUUUAACAGCUUUAUUGAUGAAUACUGGGUUCUGUGGAUCGCACUGGUCUUGUCCUCCUUCGAUCUAGUUCGCUACUGCAUCAGUGUUUGCAACCAGAUCGCCUCCCACCUGCGUAUUUCCGUCUUCAAAAUAAGGCCCCCAGCCACCAUCGCCAGUCUGCCCGGCCGCAACCAUCAUUCUUGACUUUCAGGUCUUCUUGUUUUUCGGUUGUUUUUUUUUUGGGUGUUGAGGAAAACGUAGUUGCAAUAUUUUUGAUCAAAUAUAAAACCAGUUAAGCAAACUGAUAAAGAUAUAAAAGGAAAAUAUGAAUAGAGUGGAAAUAAUAAUUUACCUUGACUGUCUCUGUGUGCAAUUUUUUUUAGAGUUUAGUCCAUCCAGCCUUGAACUGUUGUAUGAAGCUUCGGGUUUAUAGGUCAUGGAACUUCCUGGUUUAUUUAUUUGCAUUUUUCCCUUAAUUUUUUGGUCGUGCUCCUUUACUUGCAGCUAUUUUUUCUACUAUGCAGGGGUAAAAGUGAAAGGAAAAUAAUUUUCGUUACUCCACUCCACUCUUGAAAUAUAAACAAGUGUUUUUUUCUAAGUACACCGGUGCACUACCAAAAAUAUGUUCACUCUUAUUAUUUCUUAUUAAUUUGCCUGGGACAGUGUGUCCAGAAUAUCUUAUUCUGAUAUUAUUCUGACCAUGUACAAUUUUAUGGGUUAAUUUCAUUUAAAUUUAACCUCAAUGGUAUUGUUCUACCAAAUCAUUUUAGACUUGGUUGACUAAUCACAUUGUUCACAAAUUUUUAUUGCUUUGAAGACAUGCAAAUAGCCUCCCCAACCAAAAGUUUAAAAAAAUAUUGUUCAGUAUUAGUUUUUCUUCAGCUAAUGUUUUUUUGACAUCUGAAUUGGAGGGGGCGCACCCAGGUGUGUCUGUAGUUGUGGCUCUGUGCUGUAUUUUAACCUCUGGUUCCUGUUUAAGGAAACAUGGAUCAUUUUAGGACAAAACUCCCCUUCUUGUCACUCCUGCUUUUAAAGCCUGUUUCACUCUUGUCAUGUUCAGUGGCCCUCUUUCGUCGUUGCAGAUGUGACUGUAUAUAGUCAGGUGUCCAGCUUGUAUGAAGACCAAAUGCUGUGUUUUUGACCACUGGGGGGAGGGGGGGCACUACAGAGGAACUCGCUGUACAAGCAAAUGUAAGAACAGGCAAGGAACGUUACAUGCUUCUUUACAGUUAGUCACUUUUAUUCAUUACUCAUGCUCUUCCUUGGCUUUUCUGGCACUGCAAAUUGCCUACGUAGGUACAACACCCCCCCCCCCCCCCCAAUGGUAUUUUUGUAAAAAUCCUUAGGCUGCAGAAUCGUUCCCUACUUUUGUGCCGCCAUGUAGUCCGCGACAUGGCAGGUCCCGCACCGCGUGUAUUGUGGGUCUGUGCCAGUGUUACAGGGCCUAUGGAAGCCAAAUCCGGCACCAUCAAACGUUAGCGACCAUCUUACCUUCCGCUGUUUCCUCGUGUGACUGUCUGCUUGUAUGAGGGCUGUGGGCAGCUGGUAGUUGCUACAGGAACAAGAAAAAUGUUUACAUGCUAAUAUUAUUUAUUUUUCUUUCUUCCCUGUAAUCACACUGCUUUUCCUGUGCUUUCACUGGCAGUGCUCCUUCUGGGACACUCAAAUGUUGCUUUUGAACAGCUGUUGCCCAGGUGAAAUCGGUCCAUUCUAUAUACGAUAGAGGCUUUAUUUCCUUCUUCCCCCGGCAGCAUUUUGGGGUCCCUUGAGGACUAUGCUUACGUCUUAACCUUGUGGUAGCAAAUCCUGAAGUAUGAGGACAGACCAGCCUGUCUGCCAGCCAUUCGCAGUUUUAGGUGAGGUGCUUUACAUGUGCUUUCCAUGUAGAGGAAACGGCCUGUUCCCACUGGAUCCCUACACAGUGUACCGUCGGAGUGUUCUUGGCGCUGUUUUGGGGGCAGUGCAUUUGGGGGCUUUGGCUGUGGAUCUCCGGUUUAGGUUACAGAUGGCAAGGAACAUUGGGACUGACAGUCCUGAAGGUGUAAAAUGAUGCAUCAUUUUGGUGUUAUGUCAGUCUUCUAUAAGUACAUCUAUAAAUCAUGUCUAUUAAACUCAUUUUCUAUGCUAUAUUUUUCAAUAAGUAGUAAAUAAUUGCCUUAAGUCUUGAAUCUGUUUCCCCAUGUUUGAUGUUGAAUAUUCGUACAAUAAGUGGGACAUUCUUUUUGGACUGGAAAAGGGUGCUUUUCAUUUGUAGCAGGAUAGUCUCAGGUGUACAAUAUUAUCAGUCUAAACAUACCAAGGUCAGUAGUGCGUUUGUGUCCCCCCCCACCCAGAAUUAUCCAUUGAAAGCUGCUAUACCCUGUUUACCUCCAUCUGGUUUCUGUCAAUAGUGUCUGUGGCUGAGUUUGACUGCAGGCCUGCUUGGUGUUGCAUCUUGGUUUCUCUAUAAUUAAAUGCCUUUGUUCUGUUGUUCACAAGACUUGAUAAGGUCUUUACAGUUUUGUGACUGCAUGUAACAUCACUUCAGUUUUGUUUUUAGAUUCCUCGAAAAAAGAGGCAUGAUCAUAUCUGCCAUUGCCAUACAGUGUCAUUUAGUUUUGUACAAAAUUAAAAAUGUCUGCCUAUAGAUGUUCAUUAUUUAAAAGAAAUGGUAACUUCUGUUAAAGGUAUGCAAUUAUUCACCAGUAACUUAACCAUCAGUUUAAUUUGAAUGUAUGUAUCCAUGGAAAUGUUAAGUGAUGUCUCUGGGUUUUCUAACCCCUUUGUGAGCUACAUUUAUGUAUCAAGACGUGAAAAUCCUAAAAGCGAGUAGUAUUUAAUAACAAGGUGCACAGCUCUAAGAGACACUGCCUUUAGCUACAUUAUAACCAAAGUUGUUAGACCUUAACAUGCUUCAUAAAAAAAUAAUACUGUUUAACUUCAUUGAAUGUAGAACAUGGAAGGUUUUCUUCCCUUUUUGUUUCGUUUGAUAUCUUUAAAUUCUGCCCAAAGUUCCGUUUAGUUAAGUUUGUCUAAAACUUUACGUUUCUUGCCUUUUAGGGAUACAUGAUUCUUAAAUUUGUUUUCUUGAUUGUAAAAAAAUAAUUUUUAAAUAAAACAUGCUUAUGUAAAUAAAGAUUGCUAUAUUUAUGAUAA